AUGUCUACUUACGCAAGAAAUCAACAUUUUGUGUGUGACGCCGAAGCCACAAGAUCGAAUCAGGCUCCGAUUUACCCAGUCAUUGCACAGCCUUCAUCCGCCCCGCAAUACACGGAUGCGCCCGCGCGUCUAACCCAUGAGCCUUCGAGUGCAGGGACGAGCCACAUCCCUAGCUUAAAAUCCGAGUCACGCGGUACAGGCGACCACCAACCCGAUUCUUCAUUUAUUGAUGCAAGAUCUCGUCAUCCCGCUACUCAUGCAUUUACUGAAACGGAGACAACCGGCUACGUUACGCCCAAGCAAGGCAUUGCUGGAUCUACGAUCUCCCUUCAACUUCGGACGAAUUACGACCUUGCUGCAGAUCGAAACACAUUUAUCCUCAUGUUCGGCUCCAAGAAGUGCGUUGCUGCACUAGAGAAGGUGGAAUAUGAUGAUGAGUGGUACAACUACGUCCUCAACGUGGAGGUCCCUCCAUUUCCCUUGACGAACUCAUGGGAUCCAACCAUGAUGCUGAAAUUGCAAGUUCAGGACAGGAACGGAAACAUACGACAAUCCGACGCCGGAAAUUUCACCUUCACCGACAUGUCGCCAAAUCUGGCCUACCAAUCCUCGCCUGAAUUCGCUCGGAAACGAAAGUACUCGACCGAGUAUGGCGAUUCCCAAGACUACUCGGAGAACACGGAUGCAAAGAGAGUCAACUCACUUCACUUCGACGCGAAGCGGCGCUCGAUGUCCAGGGCAUACUCAGGAGCACAGGUAUCGCCGUUACCAGCCCAGUCUUCGUCGUCUGUUAGAUAUGCACAUGCUGAUGGGUAUGGCUUAUCCAAGCAGACAAACUAUGCUUCUCAGUUGUUGCAGAAGGGCCUGUAUGCGAUACCCUCGGAUCCAAGUAUGACUCAAGGCGAGUUCAAGACCCCACAGAUGUCGCCAGGACUCCAGUCCUACACCCAAUACAAUCCUCUUUCGCAUACAGGUCGAGGCUCAGCCCCUAUUGCCGCUAUGCCAUCGAUCAUGCCUUCCCCGGCCGUACUCCAAACACCCAUCCUAGUUCGAGCUACCGCAUUGCCACAGGCAGGCAGCGCUUCCUCUAGCCAAGCGUUCAAUCCGUAUUCCUUAUAUCAAACUAAGGCUGUCCUAAGAAUCGAGGGCGAUCUCGGUAUCAUGAGUGAGGGUUGGACGCAAGGAGAGCUGGACGCAAAACGGCGGCUUGUUCGUUUCGAGAGAUCGCAGAAUGGCAGUACAAUAGAGACCUCAUUCUCUGCUGUCACUCCAGAAACUCUGGUCUCAGGCACCAUCUGCGUCAGCUGUAUCUGGUGGGAAGAUAAGAACGAGUGCUUUAUCACGAGCGUCGACGCAAUCUACCUUCUGGAAAAGCUAGUGAACGUCCGCUUCACUGUCGAGGAGAAAAAUCGAAUUCGACGCAAUUUGGAAGGGUUUCGCCCUCUCACUGUGUCAAAGGCCAAGUCUGAUAGCGAAGGAUUCUUCAAGACGAUUAUGGGAUUCCCGAAGCCGAAACCGCGCAAUAUUGAGAAGGACGUCAAGGUGUUCCCUUGGAAGAUACUUGCGCAUGCGCUCAAGAAAAUCAUUGGAAAAUACUCUGCGAGCUACUCUUCGACUGCUGGCAUUGGGUCUCUCCCUAUUGCAUCAACGUCUAGUUAUGUCCCCAACAGCAUCUCACAGGCUGCAGGAGCUGCCCAUCGAAACGCCUCAUCGCGAUCGGGUUCUGGUUCGAUCACCUCGAAUUCGUACACACCAAACAUGACUUCAACAAGUCUGUCUCCUCAUCUGAAGGUAUCAGCGGGUCUCGAGGGAUCAGCAGGGCAUGGCAUGCCGGUCCCACCCAGGACACCCACAGGACAAAGCAUGACUCACUGGGGAACUGCUCCACCCCAAAUGUCACAAUACCCGACAGUACUUGCUCAAGCAGAACGUGGGUCCUGGGACUACGGAUACCUUCAUGGUCCCACGACUACAAGAGUACCGAACGUCACUCAAUCGCUGCAGAUGCAACAAUCAGAUGUCAAGCCCGUCAUGCGACAACUAUCGGUCGACAAUUCCUACCAACAAUACGGACAGCUUACGACGAGGGUGUAA